AUGACUCAGCGUUCCGCCGCAUCCUGGGAUAUGUCAAUUUCGAACAAUGCACUUCUUGGUUCGGGAGGUGAGACACAGCCACCUCUGUUGACCACACCAAAUAUGAUGUCUGGUGAUCCGAUCUUGGAGUCCAUUGCUGGUGCGAUUAGUCAACAACGUGAAAUGCUUUUACGUUUGGAGAACGAACAGCAGCGCCGGCUCCUGCAAAUGCACGCUGAGGCCGAGGAACGACGUAGACGUGAGGCGGAGGCGUACGAGCAAGAAUUGGCCCGCCAAAGAGAAAAGCAAAGGGAACUGGAACAACUAGAAGCCGAAUUACGACGAUGCGCGGCAGAAUCCAAGUCGGCAAAGGAUGAAUUUGAGGCGGCCAAAAAGCUAUGGUGCACCGCACUCCAGUCAAAAGAAGCCGAACUAGAAACACUUCGACAAAACUUGGAUCUGAUGCGAGCGAAUACCAGUGGCAAAGAGAACGCCGCCAUGGCUGCUGCUAAAGCUGAGCUCAACGAGGUUCGAGCUCAGUUGAAGAAUAUGCAGGAUCGAUAUUCCGAUGUUCAGGAAGAGUUGAUGAGACGAAGGGAAGAGGCAGAACAACGGCUGAAAGACGUGUCCGGCGAGGUGAAUGCUAUGCGUCGUCGUAUGUCUGAUGUGUAUGCUGCGGUGAAAGAACCCCGGCCGGUGGAAGUGAUUCAAACAGUCCAAACCAUUCAGGCGAUCCCCGAACCAAAGAAGACCAGAAAUGUGGGAGUUGAAGCUGAGUACGUCUCAUGGAGUAGUAUGAACAUAAAUAUUGUUUUCGUAGUAUGGAGCUGUUCGGGCUACCUUUUAUGGGCACUGACUACCGGGAAAGCUCUCAAUCGGUAUGCGCACUAUUUUCCCCGGUACGAGUGGCAUGUUGCAAUGAAAAUGAUGUCCAUCUUCUAA